CUCAAGGGCGUAAUUAGCUCCUUAAACAUCCACAGACUGACACAAUUUGUGGUUGGGAAAGGAAUUCAUAAGUCGGAUCAUAUUACACAUGUCCUGACAUAUGCAAGCAACUUACAGCAUAUUACUUUGGAGGAAAGGAAAAAUUUCAGAGCCAAACUUGUUCAAAAAUUCUUGUCUAUGAAAAGGAAUUGCGUGUUCUUUGUUCUAGCAAAAGCAUACAUUGGCUUCACAAUUGUUGUUGAAGACGCAAGAAACCAGUGCUUUGCAGUAGGUUUUAGAUCUAGCAACCAACAA